CCCACUAUGCCCAGUUCCAACCACACCAAUGUCACGCUGUCAGAACUGCACCUGAUUGGCAUCCCAGGGCUGGAAGCCCUGCAUGUCUGGAUCUCCAUCCCCUUCUGCUUCAUGUACGUGGUCACGCUGGUGGGGAACUGCACCCUUUUGUGGGUGAUCAAGAGAGAGCCCAGCCUCCACCUGCCCAUGUACCUCUUCCUGUCCAUGCUGGCUCUCGUUGACCUGGUGAUGUCCACCUCCAUCACUCCCAAUAUGCUGGGCAUCUUCUGGCUCCACUCCACGGCCAUCAGUGUGGAUGCUUGCCUGGCCCAGAUGUACUUUGUCCAUGCCUUCUCAGUGAUGGAGUCAGGUUUGCUGGUCGCCAUGGCUUUUGACCGCUACGUGGCCAUAUGCCACCCUCUGAGGUACAAGGUCAUCCUCACCAGCCCAGUCAUCGCUGCCAUUGGGCUGGUGAUGCUGGGAAGAGGUCUGGCACUCAUGACCCCACUGACCUGCAUCCUCCGGGGCUACCCAUUCUGCCAGGAUUCAGCGAUUUCCCACUCCUAUUGUGAGCACAUGGCAGUGAUUAAGUUGGCCUGUGGGGACACGGCACUUGGCACCACCUACAGCAUUUUGGUCUCCACCUAUGUGGGUGGUGUUGACUCCCUGCUCAUUGCCCUGUCCUACGGGUUGAUCCUCAAAGCCGUGCUAGGCCUCUCCUCUGCCGAGGCACGCCACAAGACCUUCAGCACCUGUGCUUCCCAUGUCUGUGUCAUAGCUCUGUUCUACAUCCCAGGGCUGCUCUCCAUGUACAUCGAGAGGUAUGGGCAGGACAUCCCACCCCAUGUCCAGGUCUUGAUGGCUGAUCUGUACCUCCUGAUACCACCCAUGUUCAACCCUAUCAUCUAUGGCAUGAAGAUGAAACAAAUCCGUGACAAAGUGGUUCAGAUGUGCUGUCGCCCACGGAGCUGA